AAUAACCGUUAUUCUAUCAAUUAUCUUGUCUUGUGUCAAUCAAAGGCUAUAAAUCAGGAAACUAAAUAUAUGAUAAAUAUGAAUAAUAUUCUCCUAAUAUUCCUCCCAAUACUUCCUAACAUGUCUCUUUUUUGAAACAUUAAAAUGCGGCUUAUUAUUUUUAUUUUGAAUCAUAACAAAAGAUGGACAAGUUUGUUUCUACUUGGUCUGAUGGUAAGACGCUGCCUGAAAAUUAUGUAUUUUCAACUGAAAUGAGACCCGGGGAGCAUGUUCCCGUUUCCAAGAAUAUUCCGGUCAUUGAUCUUGGAAAGGCGGUAGGGCUUGAUCGCAAAGAAACAAUUCAAAAGAUUAUAGAGGCUAGCCAGGAGUUCGGAUUCUUUCAGGUGAUUAACCAUGGAGUUCCGCAGACAGUAAUUGAUGACGCGAGAACUGCUUAUCAAGACUUCUUUGAUCUUCCAACAGAGGAAAAACUGAAAUUAUGUUCAUCUGAUAUCAGUCAGAAGUGCAUAUAUUACACAAGCAAUGUCGUGUAUGAUGAAGAAGACAUUCAUGCUUGGAGAGACAGUUUACGGCAUUUUUGCUCUCCUCUGGAAGAAUGCAUCCAUUCUUGGCCACAAAAACCAACCAAAUACAGGGAGGUUGUGGGGAAGUAUGUAACUGAAGUUAAUGAGAUGGGAACAAGAAUUCUGGAGCUCAUAAGUGAAGGACUAAAGCUUGGAGUAGGAUAUUUCGCGAAUGAAUUGAGUCAAGAACAAUAUUUGAGCAUUCAUUGUUAUCCUCCAUGCCCUGAUCCUAGUUUAACCUUGGGACUCAGACCGCACUGUGAUACAGGACUCAUCACCAUACUUCUCCAAGGAACUGUCGCGGGGCUUCAGACAUUGACGGAUGGCCAAUGGAUCGGCGUUGAGCCAAUUCUUGAUGCAUUUGUUAUUAACAUUGGAUACCAAUUACAGAUUGUUAGCAAUGGUAAGCUGCAUAGUGUGGAGCAUCGAGCAGUAACGAACAAGGAUGAAACUCGGAUGACUGCUGCCUUCUUCAUAGAGCCUAAGGGAGACUGCAUUGUGGAGCCUGCGAAAGCAUUGAUUAAUGCUGAAAAUCCUCCAAUAUAUAAGAGUGUAAAAUAUGCAGAGUUUGUUCAAGUGUUUAGGGAAGCCUAUUUAGGGAAGAUUAAGAAUGCAUUAGAGCCUUAUAUGAUAACAUCAACAUCAUCAUUGUCAACCGAGUAAGGCCCUGUUCUUUUGAACUUCUGGGCAUAGCAGAGCAGAUUUCAGCAUA